AUUCAUUGUGACUCAGAGGCGGUUGAGUCAGUGUCUCUCUACCCCUCUCUCACUCUCUCUCUCUUUCUCUCUCUCUCCUCUCCUUUCUGUUUUGUUUCAUUUCCCGGUCGGAUGCCCACUCUCAAGCCUCAGCCGCAUGCCUGAGAUCCUCUCAACAGCAGACAUUUUCUUUCUUCCCUUUAAAAAACUUUUGCUGUCUCCUCUGUUUGUCCUACAUCCGUCCGUACAUCCAUCUGACGUUAGUGGAACCUUUCAUUCCUCCCGCUCACCAAGGUCUAAUCCGAUCAGGAAGAUUCCGUGAUACUCACUUCUUCAUUGGUGACGGGCUGAGAUGGAAACUCCUUUCUACCACGACGAUGCACCUCCUGUUGCCAGCUUCGGACAGCUUGGCGACUAUGACCGUUACCCAGGCAAUAAGAUGAUAAUGAGUAAGAAAGGCACAGCUGUGGCGGCAGGCGGGCAUCAUUUCAUUGGUGGUGGAAGCGGAAGUGCCUCGGCGCUAAAACUUAGUGGGAACCCUGACAACCUGGGGCUCACUGGCACUAAUGCAUCCCUUGUGGUGCCCUCAUCAUCCUCGGCAGCAGAUGUAAACCUCCUUAAACUAGCAUCGCCUGACCUGGAGCACCUGAUUGUCCAGUCCAACCAGGGCUUGGUUACCACUACCAACUCUGCCAACCCCUUUCUCUACCGGAACCAGGCCACUAAUGAGCAAGAGGGAUUUGCUGAUGGGUUUGUGAAGGCAUUGGCAGACCUUCACAAGCAGAAUCAGCUAGUCGGUGGAGGCAGUCCCAUGUCUCCAUCAUCAUCCUCCACCUCCCUCCAGGCACCUUACCAGCGGAACCUGAUGUCUGGGGCGGAAAUGCCAGUCUACGCCAACCUCAGCAGCUACAACCCAGGCCAGAUGGCAUAUCCUGGAGGCCACAUGGCGUAUGGAGGGUCCGGUCACAGUGGAGCUCCACAACCCCACAGCCGAGGCCCAGAUGCACCUCAGACCGUCCCUGAGGUACACCCACCACCUCCUCAUCCACCAGGCGAUCCUGCCAACGGCCAGCUGCCCUCCCUCUCCCCCAUCGACCCGGAGACUCAGGAGAGAAUCAAGGCCGAGCGCAAGAAGCUGCGCAACCGGAUCGCCGCAUCCAAGUGCCGGAAGCGCAAGCUGGAGCGCAUCUCACGACUAGAGGAGAAGGUGAAGGCACUGAAGACGCAGAACUCGGCACUUGCUGCUACUGCUUCCACACUGAGGGAGCAGGUCACCCGGCUCAAGAGGAAGGUCACGAGCCAUGUCGCCGGUGGCUGUCAGAUUGCUGUAGGCUCAGCAAAACCUGGCAGCACCAGCGGCGAGAACUCCGUCUGCUGAGAUGGUACGAAAAUCCAAAGGUCAACGGUAUGAAAACAAUCUGGAAGUUUUUUUAACUUUACGUUUACUUUUUAGGCACCUAGCUCGUGUUCUCAUCUUGAAACGAGCAAGGAAGAUUGUGGUUGGGCUCAGCAUCUGGCUCAAGGACACUUCAACAAGGACAGAUGGCUAUUAAAGGGAUUGUAGCCUGUCUCAGGAUGGCUUCUGUCACCACUAGGGUGCACCCUGCCCUGCCGCUGUCAAUCAUCCACCCUUGAGUGGAGGGGGCAGAGUUAAUAGGAUGGGAAGAAGGAAGAGAUGGAUUCAAAAUCAGAUGAUAGGUGAAGAAGACAGAGAUGGAUUUUUCUUUUUUUGGAAUGAUUUACGAUUCUGUCGUCGGUGAUUCAAUUUAAGAGAGAUAUUUCUUUUUUGGUAUGAUUCAGAUUCUAAGUAACAAUUCAGUUGUUGGUGAAUUGAUUUAAGAACAAGUUUUCUUUUGUGGAACGAUUCAAUUUAUGCUUCAAUACCCAUCGAUCCAAUUGAAGAGUGAUUUUUCUUUUUUGGAAUAAUUCAAAUCAUGAUUCACUCAUUGAAAAUUUGUUGGGGAACAGUUUUUCUUCUUUGGAGUCAUUCGGUUUGAUUCCCAAUUUGAUUCAAGAAUGACUUUUCUCUUUUUAGAACAAUAUGAUUUGUGAGACAGUCCAGGCUUGGAGUAAUGGAAAGAGAGGUGGACGGAGAGAUAUAUCAUGCUUCAAACUCAACUUUUCAGAGACAACAAAGUUUCUUUUUAAAUGCAGACUGCGACUGAUCGACUCUUCUCAUUCCAAAACAAGAAUGGGGGGGGGAUUUUUAUUUGACACUGUGUGUGUGUGUGUGUGUGUGUGUGUGUGUGUGUGUGUGUGUGUGUGUGUGUGUGUGCAUGGUGAUUGGGUUGGGGGUUGCUUGGCUUUAGUUAUACUUUGGAAGGCUUGUGUAAACUGCAAAGCUAUUUAUUUCUUACCUAUAACAACUGGAAAAAUCCUCUGAUUGGGCAAGAAAAUUCACUUCAAGGCAAAAUGGUGCAUGUGUGACUCUUAAGAAUGCUUUUUCUUUUUACAAAAAUGUGAUUCACACAAUUCACUAGUCAGAGAUCCAAUUUAUGAACUACUUUCCAUUUUGGAAAGAUCCAAUUUGAUUUAUGAUUCACUAUGAUAUCAAUUUGAUGUCAGAGAGUUUUUUUUGUUUGUUUUGGAACAAUUUGAUUCAGUUAAUGAUCCACUUAUGGGUGAUCUGACUCAAUGACAGCUUAUCUCUGUUAGAAUUAUUCUUUUCAGUUCACUCCCUGGUAUUUUUUAUUUAUUUUUUUUUUUUUGGUGGGGAGUGGGUUGUUUGAUUCACUAAUCAGCAAUUUAAUUCACAACUCACAAGUUGGCAGUUCAGACAGUUUCUGGAGCAAUUAAAUUUGAGUCAUGAUUCCCCAGAUGCCAGUUUAAUUAAAGCACUGUUUGUUUUUCGGAACAAUUCAAUUCAGAUUGUCAUUUGCUAGUCAGCCAUUUUAUUCUAGAGUGAUUUUUCUUUUUUGGUAACAUUUGAUUAGCUUCACGAUUAUGGAGUUUUGAUUUGAUUUUAGAGGGCUUUUCUUUUUGUAAAAAAAUCAGUUCACAAUUAGAUUUGAUUCACGAUUCACUGCUUGGUGACUUGAUUUCUUGUUCUAUUUGUACGAAUGUAUGACGAGAGAAACGAAGAAAUGCACUCAAGUUCAACCUAAAUGAAAUACAUAAUAAUAGAAGUCCAGGACACCACUCUCCGACUCUGGACAUUUAUUUCAAAUGUACAUGUUGGAUAUGAGAUGGCAUGAUGAAAUGUGAUGACAUACAGAAAACAACAAUUUGUCCAUUUGAUUUCAAUGGUAUUCCAUUUUAUGUCUUAUUUAUUAUGGCGGGUGAAGAGGGAGGAGCUGAAUAGCUUUGUUUUGGACAGAAGUUUGUUUUAUUUUCCUUGAGAACAGUGUGGUAUCGUGUUGUUUGUGUCAGUAUAUCAGUGAUAAAAUAUUCGUCUGUUGUGGUGUUAAGAUUGUUUAUAAGCCCGACUCAAGGAGGAGCUUAUAAACUCAUGGAUGUUUUCUUGUGUAGUGGUUCUCAACUGGCGGGUCAUUGUCCAAAGGUGGACCGCUGGUGGACUUGAUUCUGGCAUCCAAACGAAACCUUGGGCUACAAGACACCUGCAUGCCUGUGGUCCAAUCGGAAAAGACCUGCGGCCAACUUUUGGACCACGACCCACCAACUGAGAACCGUUGCCCUGAACUACAAAACAGUUUACUGCAUAAUAUUAGAAUAGCUGAAUCAUUGGAAACUCACAUGUUUAGCAUGGCCUUUCCAUAUGUUUUUUUUUUCUUUUUUUUUUUUUACUAUCUUUUAUUAUUUUAAGUCCUGGUACUGUAGCACUAGUUUAGCAUGGUUUUUUCAUGCUUUUAACUUGUAUAAAUUGUAUUUUAUCGCUUUGUUUUCUUGUAUUUGACUGUGUUUUAUUGUAUUGAGUUUUAUUGUGUUUCCAUUUUUGUUCAGCACUUUAUGAAACAUGUUUUAGAAGUGCAAUACACUUAAGGUUUAUCAUAAUUAUGAUUAUUAUUAUUAAAUAAAGUGUUUUUAUUAUUGUCA